AUAUAUCACUGAAUAUCGACCGUAAAUAGGUAGACAUAUAGAUAAAAAUGUAACUUGUAAUAGUGAUUUAAAAAAACCACGUUAAGGUUUACGCUCUCUUGUAACGGAAUUCGAUUAGCUGGUUCAAAAGUGCGGCCCUUGUUUUUUUUUUCGUAGUGAUAAAAACAGCAUUAUGUCGGUUAAGGUGGCGGAGUCCAAGGAGGAGACAGUAGCCCUCAACAAUGGGGAGAAGCCUCAAGAAGACAUCCUAUGUCGUAUCAUCACGCAUGUUGGAGAGAUGGGUCUUUACCAGAGGGUUCUCUUCGCGAUACUGUUAUACUUCGGCGCGAUCUUCAUGUUUGUCUACUCAGUGCAGAUGUUCGUGGCAGCUACACCACAGGAGCACUGGUGUAGGGUUCCGGAGCUGGGGCACUUAGAUCAGGAACUAAGGAGGAACCUAUCCAUCCCUGGCGCAGCGCAAGGUCGCGAUUGGGAUAGAUGUCUAAUGUACGACGUCAACUGGACUACUGUGUUGGUGAAUCUGACUCCACCGGAUCCCGGAUCGCCGACGAAACCCUGUUAUGAUGGAUGGGAGUUCUUGUUUAACGAUAUACCCUACGCUACGGUUGUAAGUGAGAGAGAAUGGGUAUGUGGAAAAGCAAGCUACGUGCCUAUAGCUCAGGCAAUAUUCUUCUUUGGCUCGCUUAUCGGCUGUAUCCUGUUCGGUUGGAUUGGAGACUUGUACGGAAGAGUUCCUGCUAUUGUAGGUUCAAAUCUUAUCGGAUGCGUGGGUGGAGUUGCGAGUUGUUUCACAGUUGGAUUGUGGGACUUCGCAUUCUGUCGGUUCCUCGUGGGAUUGUCGAAUGAUUGCUGUUUCAUUAUGGUGUAUAUUUUAGUAUUAGAAUACGUGGGGACGAAACAUCGUACUUGGGUGUCUAAUAUGUCCUUUGCAAUCUCUGGGUGCGUUGGAGCCACAUUGCUGCCAAUAUUGCCGCUUUGGCUGCUAGAUUGGCGGAAGCUGUUGUUGGUGACAUCUCUGCCAAUGUUGGCUGCAUUGGCCAUACCUUGGAUAGUUCCAGAGAGUGCCAGAUGGUUAUCGGCAUCAGGGAAAGUAGACCGCGCCAUCAGCGUGCUCAGGAGAUUCGAGAGUGUAAACAAAAGAAGGAUACCCGACGAUGCGAUAGAAGAAUUUAUUAUAGUUUCGAACAACAAGCAAGAAACGGACGAAUCUCUAAUAGGACUGUUCAAAAGUCCACCGAUGAGGUCGAGCAUUAUGGUUCUGAUCUUAGUUUCUAUGAUGAGCGGGGUGACCAUUGACGCGCUGAUCAGGCUCUCUGAGAAUAUAGGGGAUAAUUUCUACUUGACUUUCACGCUAUCAUCGAUAUCUGAAGCCCCUGCCCUGAUCAUAGUCACGCUAUUGCUGGACAGAGUAGGACGACGUUGCAUGAUUUCGAGCACACUGCUACUCACUACUGUUCUAUGUUUCGCCUGUGCAUUCGUGCCAAAAGGUGUUUCACAAAUGAUCGCGGCAGUUCUGAGCAGGUUCGCAGUGAAUAUGUCGAUAAGUGUGCAAGUGCAGUUGGGAACUGAAUUGCUGCCGACCCCCGUGCGUGCCACGGGGACCUCCUUAUUACACGUCACCGCUUUCUUCGCAACGGCAUUCUCACCAUUUGUCGUAUAUACUGGCCGAUACUGGAGGCCGCUGCCGCUGUUCAUCCUCGUCGGAUUAACGCUGUUCGCGUGCGGCUUGGCUUUGUUGCUUCCCGAAACCAAAGGUCGGCCUAUGCCGCAGACCAUAGUCGAAGGAGAGAAAGUCGUGAAUGAAACUCUGCUGUGUCGGAAACCAGCAAAUGAUGAAGAAUUAGAAGACUUAUCACAUUUAAGAAGAUCUGUUGAAUAAAGAUGUAAACAAAAAUAGUUUUAUUUCCCCUAAAAGUGUGAUACAACUGAACAUGUAUCACAGCUUCAUUAUAAAAAUCCUUCCUUCCGAGCCUUCAAAAAUCUUCAGCCGUAACUUUGUUAUUAACACAAGUUCUUUACGAACUUAGCACGGGACCAGUUAACGUGGCGUGAUUGUUAUUAAAUAUUUAUUGAUUUAUUUAUUAUUGUAUCUUAUCUUGUUAACUUAAUAAAUAAAUAUUACAUUGCGUGCAGUCCAAAUCACCUAAGGAAACGCAAAUCAUCAAAUAUUUUUCAUUGUGGUUUCGCUGUUUGUUUUUAGAAACGAUUCUAACACACCCUGUAUAAACAAGCAUAUAUUCAACAUACAGUAAGAUUUCUUCUUGUGUUAUAACACUUAUAACAGAGUGAGAUUUGUUAUUGUGGCAGUGUGUGUGUUUCAUUUACUUUAUGAUGACUGAGCCGAGAGCUCAUUUGCCUAUUUAGAAAAACAUAUAUUAAAAAAAAAAGAUGUGUGCAAUUCACACGUGGCAGAAGUGAAACCUUCCAAAAUUAAAAUAGAAUUAUCUUAAACGUCUUCAGUAUAUGUAAAAUUUUGUCAUUAGUAAAUAAUUGUAAGGUAGCGCCCUCUGUGAAUUGAUAUUUUAAUUUCACGUAUAAUCCUAAAUUUAAAUUCACUACAAGAGCUUUCAUACACACGUUAGUAUUAAAAAAUCUCACAGAUGGCGCUGUAUUAAAUAGUAUGUAUAUUUCUGUCUCAUUCUUUGCUGGCUUCAUCCUACACAUUUUUGUAUUUGUGUCUCUUACCUGUCGUUUUUUCCGUUGCAUCCGGUUUGAAAUCACAACGAUUCUAAAGAAGUUUUCACUUCAAAAAUUACACGAUCGCCUCAAACAAAAACCUCCUGUACGUAACAACAGUAUUUACGAUGUUUUCAAUAAAACAAUCAAUACGUUAA